AUGUAAUGUUGUGUUCUGUGAGUAGAUCUACAGUACAGUACAACUUCGUGCGGAAUGUAAUUUAACAGAACAGAAACAAUUAAAUUAAGCUAAAUCAUUGAGUAAUGUUUGCACAAUCGCGAUACACACGCUUGAAUGCGUGCACAAGCCUUCAUAAUCGUAAUUCGAUCAAGCAUAUCAAGCUGCUUGUGCAGUGAUAAUGCUUGCGCAAACUUAUCGUAUACAGUUUUAAGAAUACUUGCGCAAGCAUUAUUGUCAACCCUGCAGUUGCGCGUGUGACCGACAGUACACGAUAUAUUGAUUUUCUCUGCUGGCAACAUCACCGUUCUAGCAGCUUUCGCAUUUUAGCUUCCCUGUAAACAUGUUUUACUGCACAUGAACCAUGUAAACACGAAGAGUGCGAUUAUUUUCGUGUGUCACUUAGACGUCUGAUCAGUGAGCAGGGCAGAGAUUGGCGGGUGUUUAAUUUUCGAUUUUGAAGUAUUGGAGAUUUUAAAGCGUGAUAGAGAACGUAACAACAGUGUCAUGACUGAAGGCUUCAGCUUCCUUUUACCUCACUUAACGCGUACAUACACAUAUUAUUUUUUUCUUUGCGCACAUCUCUGAAAAAAUACGUUUCGAACUGUAUGAAGAUCAUUGGCCUCCUUGUGCAAUUAAUAUUAAAAAUCGUUACUUCAGUCUUCGCGUUCACAUAUUAAUAUUAUAAUUAACUUAUCAUUAAAAGAAAGCAAUUGUGUACCGGUACGAGUUUGUUGUGGGUCGUCAUCGUUUUAAAGAAUUUGUGUACAAGUUUUAAUUUACCAAUGUAUCUGCCAUGGUACUUGCAAGCAUGUCUGAUAGACAGCCACGUGACAAGUUCUCCCCCGAAACGUCCCAACUCACAGCCAUCUGACGGAAGACUCGUCAGCAAAAAGGCUUCGGGCUCUGAGCGUAGUGGUAAAAGCCACAUGGCUGGUGAAGAUGUCACAGAGAUGCGUGUGGGCAUUGAUGAUUUGCCUGAUGAGGUAUUGUUAAUGAUUUUCUCUCACUUGUCCUUCAGUGAGCUAAUAGAUGUGGUACGGAACGUGUGCCAUCGUUGGAGAAGACUGUAUAAGGUUCGGAAGUUGUGGCAUAACAAGGAAUACCAUAUUGGGGUAUCGAAGCACUGCGACUCGGACUCCUGCAGAUGUGGCACGACUGAGCGUGAGGUGAUACGGACUUUCAUGAAUGCCCCGUACUUGCGUAAGGUACACCUGUGGCAAGGCGUCACCUCACACGUCAUCUAUAUGCUCUCCGCAAGAUGUCACAAACUGUUGGAGCUGCGCCUGCCUCAUACUCAGAAGCUUACCCACUUGAUGCUGGAUAACUUGUUCGAGAAGUGUUCCCAAAUACUCAAACUGAGGAUAUCUUAUACGCUGCUGAGCUCCGAGAAAUGUGUAAAGGCAGUAACGCAUCUAAAGUACCUCCGUGUGCUGGAUCUGCUAGCACGCUCCAGGGAAGGAAAUUGCGGAACUCUCGUGCUGCCACCUGGUGUGCUGCGACCUUUACAUGAUGCGUGUCCCCGACUGGCAAGGGUCGACUUUGGGUGUCUGCAUGUCAAUAUUUCCGACUUGUGGAACUUCCUGAAUGCCAAGAGGAGCACCCUCGAGUACAUACGCAUAAAAUGGGCAAUGGAUAGAACGAGUUGUGUCACACCGUUGCUGACAGUCUGUGCCGACAAACUGGCACGUCUGGAACUUUACGACUACAACUUAGCCCGGCGCGUAGCGAGUGAGGCGUUCACUGCUCUGGGAAGCCUGAAGAAUCUGUGGGAACUUAAGAUGUCACUCAAUCGCAAGCCGCCACGUGGUACAGCUGCUCUGGCUUUUACGACUGGAGGACUGCCGAAAUUGAGGCAUCUGUACAUUUGGUACGCAUCCGGCCUGGAAGACGACGCAGUGGUCGCCAUCAUCCGCGGUUGCCCCGCUUUGCAGGUACUCGCCAUCAGAGAUGCGCAUUUGGUGUCAGACGCUGCCUUCUGCGAGAUCUCCCAUCUGGAACAUCUUGAAACGCUGGACUUGUCUUUUUGCAGAGGUCUCACUGGAGCCUUUUUCCCUCACCUCACUGCCCUACCACGACUUCACACACUGCGAAUGGAAAAGAUGGAUUUUACAAAGCUGCAACCAGGUCUGAACGGUAUCCUCGAAUUGUCUGGUGUGCGCUGCCUGAGAUUUGAUUAUUCCCGUGUUACUGGAGUGCCAUUUGACCAGUUUCCAGGAAAGCUGAUCAGUCUCAGGGAGUUGAAAAUCCCAGGAUGUGUCGGUGACCCUAAAGCCACAGAUGGCCUCGCUGAGCGUAUGCCUGGUCUUCAAAUCUGUGGCAGCAUUGAAGCUGAGCAACCAGCUUUAGAGGAUGAGUAUUGUGAGAGUGACACGGAACUGUAAGGGGAAGACAACAGAAGGACUAGCAAUGCAGAUCGAUCGUGGUUCGACAGUUUGGAUAGCGACUAAAACAGUAAUGGUGAUCGUAGCUGUAAGAGUGAUGAGGGUAUUUAAGAUGAAAGCAGUACAUCUAUUAUUCUAGAGAAUGUAUAAAAGUGGUAUGGUAUUUAUAAGGACCUCUAACUCUAAAUACUGAUUGCAUCUCCACUGUUGUUACAGCAUUGUGUAUUGUAAUGGUCAGUAAAUUGCUGUCAGAUCAAAAAUAGUCACAAAUUUUUGUGACAUUGUAGCUAAAGUGGAUGUGCUGUAGUAUCAUGUUAAAAUAGAAAUUACCUCGCUUCAAAACAGUUUUUGCCAAAUACAAGGGUUGUCUGUAAAGUAAGGUUCCCGUGGCACUACAGUCCUGAAAAGUGCUGUUACAGUGGGUCCCGUGAUUCUGUUGUGUACCUGGGUUCACCCACUCCAAAUCCCCUCUGUGGCGAGCUGUCUCCGCUUGGCAGCCGUACGUGAUGGAUCUCCCCCUCGCUCCAUCUGCCAGGUUUGAGCUGACCCAUUUCCUUUCUGCAAAAAACAUUCGGCACUGGUACAAAUCCAUUCCCAGCUAUGCAAAAUCUAUGGAGACAAGUGUAUGGGCAUACAACUUGUGCGCAACUGACGUCCAUGAUGAGGAGCGUUCCGGAUGUCCAUCUGUUUCUGACGAAACAGUCCCAAAAGUGGAGGCAGCGGUGCUCUCAGAUCCAAGAGUGACAGCUUGUGAUCUCUCCGAAAUGAUCCUGAUGUCAGCAAAACCUCUAUUGACAAGAUUUUGAUGGUGCAUAUAGGGUAUGCUAAGGUUUGUGCGAGGUGGGUGCCAAGAAUGUUGACUGAAGACCACAAAUGUCAAUGCGUUGAAGCGGUCCAAGAACUACUUCAAGAUCACGGAACUCACGGCGAGGAAUACCUUGACUCCAUCGUCACUGGAGACGAGACUUAGGUGCACUACCACACAUCCGAAACCAAAGAACAGUCCAAACAAUGGAAGCACCCAGAGUUGUUGAGAUCGCGAAAAUUCAUACAAACGCAAAGUGAUGGCAGCAAUGUUUUGGGACAGGAAGGGGGUACUGUUACGCAAGUUCUUGCCCACCAACACAUCAAUCAACACUGCUGGGUACUGUGAGACACUGCAAAAAUUGCGCCUUGCAAUUCAAAACAAGAGGAGGGGUAUGUUGUCCAAGGGGGUGCGUUUGCAUCAGGAUAGUGCUCGGCCACACACUGCUAAAGCCACCAUCUCUUCCCUGACAUGAAGAAACACCUGGGUGGAACGCAUUUCAGCGACAGAGAAGAGCUGGAAGAAGUGGUUCUCAGGUAACUGCGUGGCUUGGUGGCAGAUUUUUUUGACUUGGGCAUUCAAAAGCUUGUACACCGCAUGCAGAAAUGUAUUGACCUCAGUGGCGACUAUGUAGGAAAAUAGGUUAAAGUCUGAACUUUCCAAAAAUGUAGCAUUCAUGAAAUAAACAUGUUUUACACUAUGAAAAAAAAAUUGGGAACCUUAUUUUACAGACACCCUUCAUAAUUUUGGUAAUGUCUAGAAUGAAGUUAAAUCACUUACAAUAAAGCGGUUUGAAUUCCUAUUGCAAUGAUAAUGGAAGUGCUAAAAUGACAACACUAAUGGAGUAGAAAUUAUUAAAUACCAUUUACAUAAUUAGCAUGUAUAUGAUGGUUUUUUUAAUUAAUUUAAAAUUGUUAUUAAAAUUUAUUUGUCCAAAA